GUCAGCCCGACACCAUUCAAGAUCGUCGGUGCAUUAAUGGUGUUGAGCGUUCGAACGAUACUAUACCUUAUCGAGUCGUCGAUAUAGUACCGCUACAUCAGCAGGCUGAGGGUAAGCAGCAUAUCUUACAGGGCUGGCAGGUACCCACCCCCUCGGGAUCUUGACUCAGAACACACCGAGCUCGCUAGGUGACACCCGAUAUCCGACAAUGACAGGGUCCCCUUGCGAAGGUGACGCCAUAAGAUGUAACUAUCACGACUAUACUGCCAGGACUUUUUCCACGAUACUCAAACGACCAAACAAGAAUGCAUCGCGUUGACUGUGGUUGUGCCUUUCUCGCUUUGCGAACGCUCGCGCGCGUUGAGGAAUACACCACAUCGUCGCAAGUGCCACUCGAAACCGCAUUUCAAGUUACAUCAGAGGCAGAACGACCCUGUCUCGCCGUACUGAGCUGCGAACGAUGUCGCCAGCAACGACUCCCGCUUACUGCUGUUACCAUCUUGUGCGCUCAUUUGGUCGACUGGCUGUGCCGAUUAUGGCACCUCCAUGAAGAGAACGCCACAGAAACAUCAACGGAGUCCAGUAACAGCACCACCACGACUACAAGUACACCUCCACCCAACACUAGCAACAUCGUCGAGAGCCCGCAUGCCAACCAGCCCUGGAAGUUUUCUCUCGGCAACUACGAUCUCGCUGCCGACGAAGCCGAUGCGCUCAGCAACGAACUGAUGACUUUGCGCCUGACAGGCUUCUCAGCCGUUUUAGGCUCUCUCGAAGCCGCCCUCGUCACAUCUGGAUCCUCAUCGUCUAACGCCUCUUCUCCCGAUAAAGGAACGAAUGGAACGCCCAACGGAAAAGCGGCUUUCGCGCCAGCUUGUCUUGACCUCGUUCGCGCAAACCUCAGUCUAGUGCGCGCAUGUAUCGGCCGUCUCAAAGCGCGCUCACUGCUGAGCAACGGUGCAGCUGGCAGUUUAUGUUAGUGGUGGUAACGGAACCUCUACCCCAAAUCAAGUGUGUUGGCCUACAGGAAGAACGCGUUCACAUGCACUCGGUGCAACGUCCAUCUUUGAGACAAGACAUCAAGGU